AUGAAUCUUUUUCGAGGUACAUGGAACAUGGUCGAAGAUGAAACGUCGAACCAUUCGCCUGUACGUCUACUACAAAAGUUAGCUGCAUAUCGUGCAUCGGCUACUUCAACAUCAGCAUCGACAACACCAUCGCCAUCGCCAAUAAAUGAACGUAAAUCAACCAUUCUCACUGAAUCGUCCAAUUUCUUUGCGCGUCUAUGGCGCCCAUCGACAUCGAGUUCGGCCCCGUCGCCGAAUUCGCUUCAAUCGCAGGACACGGCCUCGCCACCGUUGCUUGACCAUGCCCCUGACACAUCUUCCGUCUCUCUCGAUUCGUCUCCGAAUCUCUCAUCGCCCACUGUACUGAGCCAUCGCAUGUCAUUUAUACGUGAAGUAUCAUCAAAAAUUUCAUCUUCAAAUCAAGUGCCCCUGCAAUCAUCAUCAAUGUCAAACGCACCUCCUGCGUUACCACCACUUCAAACUCAACCGACAACCUCAAGUACUGUUACAGAUCCAUCAUUCGAAGAUACGACAUCGGAACAUCCAUUCGAUACUGCGAGCGAAUUACAAUCUCAAAGCUUCGAAACCAAUCUUUAUAGCAGCAAUCCGGGCAUAAUUGAUGAUCAAGACGAAGAACAAAAUUCUCGCGAACAACCAUUAACCUAUGACGAGCGACAUCGAAGACUAAGUUUAACUUCGAAACCAAUGAGACCAUUUACCCAACAAUUAUCAUCAUUACCAAUGCGAAUUACUGAGCAACAACAUAGUGAUAGUUUUCCAUCACCGGAAGCGAGCAUCGAUGUUAGUAUGGCGAUGGAUUAUUCUUCAGGUUCUGCGCUAGUCAAUGAUCUUGUAAAUCCCGAUGCUGCUCUAGUAGAAAAUGAAUCCAUGAUAAUGGAUGUCUCUGUAGCAGAAUAUCAGCACCAUCGACGAGCAAGUCGAUCAGUUCAGAAGAAUUCCGAAUCAUGGGCACGUAAACGAGCUUUGAUGCAACGAGAUUACGAAUGGACAAUGACAUUGGACAGAGAGCAAGCAACGAAUACGAGCAAAUCACAUACAGAAUAUCAGCUUUUGAAUAAUAUGAAUUCCCUACCGAGUUCAAUCUUGCCUAAACAAUUAUUGACACAGACGAUUUCUCAAGGAAAUACGUCUAUUCCUUUCCGAUCCAUUUCACCUAAUCCAAUACCGAAUGAUUUGAAUCGUCGACGACGUUCAUCACGUCGCUUACCAGAUAUUCCCGGUGAGAACCAUAUCCUACCAUUGCAUUCUUCGAAUGAAGACACAAUCACAGAUGACUUAACUAUAACGCCAUUAUCCUAUUCUCCAACGCCCUAUGCACAUCAGCCUUUACGAGAAAAUUCGUUUAGUAAUCGCUCAACGCGCUCGAAAAGUAUCGAUUCAGAAUCGUCAUUAAAAAGUCGAUCAUUACAUUCCAAAUUAUCCUACACACAUCAAACCCAAAAUGCCAAAUCCAUGGACGUCUCAAAUUUAAUGCGACAGAAGUCAUUUUUAAUCGUUAAUAAUAGUUUCCUACCACAGCGUUCAUUAGAUUAUCCAUGUAUUGUACGUAAGGCGCAAGAUUUAUCAGAUAUUGUUCGACGACGAAUGUUAUAUUCAAAAAUCAACAAACAACAGCAAGGAAAUAACUUUUCUAUCAGUCUUGAACGUGAACAUAUACCAAAAGUACCACGAAAGAUAAUCAUACGGCAAGAUAACAGUAUCGAAAUAGCUCUCAGUAAACCGCCCAAACUUCGACGGCAAACUCUUUCGGAAGAUUAUUACUACGGUUGUAAUUCUGACGCGGAAUUUGCGCUGACCCAAACACCAAAUGGUUCAUCCACCCUCGGCCUACCGAUGUCAUCGUCGACGACAAAUGCAUCAAGUGGUGAUCGACGAAAGACGAUUGAAACUUGCGAAAAUAUCUAUCUGCAUGCGGAAGAAAGUUCGAAAUUACGUGCGCGUACACCACCGUCGAAUCCGCAUCGAAUUCUGCUUCAUCGUGAUAAAAGUGAUACAUCAAUACGAACCAAUGGACUGGGUAUGCGUAUUGUCGGUGGACAAGAAUGCGAAGACGGUAGUCUCGGAUGUUUUGUUACAAAUAUUCUACCCGGUGGUCCCGCUGAUGUUCAAGGUAAUAUUGAAGUAGGCGAUCAAAUCCUCGAAUUCAAUGGCAAUUCAUUAAUCGAUUCCACUUACGAAGAAAUGAGAAUUCUCCAAGAUCACUGUGGUGAUAUUGUACAAUUAGUUGUUCAACACAACAACAUUCGCUUACAAAUUAACGGUGGACAAACUCUAUCAUCAAUCGAAGUGUCAAGACAUUUCGAAACUGUCCCACGCUUGUCAUCAUCAUUGACACGAAAACGUCGUAAUCUACCUCCAUUACCACCGUCAUUGUCUUCAUCAUUUCCCAAGCAACCAAAACGACAGUUAUAUGAAACUGUUGAAACAUUAGAAGUACCCAAUGUGAAAGAACUCAAACCUAUACUUAUCAACCGAGGACGUCUUCUAGCUCAAAUAUGGCAUGACGUGGAAGAUAUGAAAUUAGCAUUAACAAUCAUUCAAGCAAGUAAUCUUCCACUACGAGCUAAUGGUGAUCAACCUUAUGCGUAUAUCACCGGCAAAAUGUUAUUCGAAGAUCGAGGCUUCGAUAUGUUUGAAACCAAAGUGAUUCACUCAUCGAAUCCAACUUAUAACGAAACAUUCGUGUUCCAUGAAGUCGAAACGGUCGACGUUUUGCUCUUGGAAGUUCUUCUCUGGGAUAAAAAACAGCCGACGCAAACGGCUAACAAACAUAGCAGUAUAGAUGAAUCCGAUGAAUUUAUUGGCAUGGUGCAAUUGCCAUUAGAUGAAGCAAAUAUCGAAGAUGAGCCUCGGUGGUAUGAAAUGCGUGAUCGGCAAACACGCAAAGCAUCAGCAUCGAGUGUAACAUUCAAAUCAUCAUCGGCGGAAAGUAGUGAAAGUUUCCGGAAAAUGCCACCGCUAUUAAAGUCUAUCAAGCAACAAGAACGCACAAAAUCAUCCACAGAUCUACUAAUUCGUGCUUUGAACCGGUCGGCAACGAACAAACGCGAGAUGAAAGGCGAAUCGCCAUCAACCAAACGUAAACACUCUGUCAUACAAAUUAUGAAUUACUCACCGAAUAGGAAGAAUUUACAUCGCGCAAGCAUCUGUGGUAUCACAGGAUCAUCAGCGACAAGCAAUAACAAUGGCAGUAGUCAUGACAAUGACGAUGACGAUGAUACCAGCGAAAACGACAAAAAAGAAGCAAGUCCGCAAGAACCACGACGUCAAUCAAUUAUCACGAUUCAGUCCGAAAAACUCAAACGCCGAAUCUCCAAAGGUAUAUUGAAAUUAUUUGAUUCUCAUACGAAACGUUCAACAGAUUCCAUAUCAAAAUCACCACCACAAAGUCCAACAGCGCGAAAACCAUCGAUACAAAUACCAGCUCACAUGGAUAGCGAAGAAGAAAAUGAUUCACCGAUUGGUAUUGCCAUCGAUAAUUCCACUGCGAUUGUGAACAAAUCACCGCGGCAUAGUAUUGUUUCGGCAACACACCUUGAUGAUGCACCGCAAUCACCAUUGAUACGUCCAAUACCUUUGCAGCAAAUGCCCAUCGGACAAUUAAUGUUGCCUUAUAUUCCAACAUCACGUCAUUCCUCAGUUUCAGGCUCGAGAAAAUCGUCGGCUGCAUCGUAUUGUGAUAGCGAUGAUGAUAUCGAUCGAUAUUUUACAUUUUCCGAACAACCACCACAUACUGAUGAAAAUAACGAGAAUAGCAAUGUUCAGACUCAUACUGUCGGACCUGGACAAGUCACGCCAAGAAAUUAUGAUAAUAUGAUUAAUGAUUUAAUACAUAUGGGACAAAUACAACUUGGUUUAAUUGUCACCAAAGGUCUUCUAGAAAUUGAUGUUAUGUGUGCCAGAGGCUUACAGAGAGUUAUCGAUGAUAACAAUUCAAAUGGAGCAUCGUCAGAAGAUAAUCCACCUGAUACCUAUGUCAAAACGUACCUUCGAACUGGAACACGUCGUGUGCAAAAACGUAAAACAGCAACGGUAAAAGGUAGUUAUAAUCCUGACUAUCACGCAAAAUUAACUUACAAUGCUUGUAAUGUGAUGGGCCGUCGUUUACAGGUGACAGUUUGGCAACGUGCGCGUAAGUUUGAGAAAAAUCAAUGCAUUGGCGAAGCAUUCAUUCAACUUGAUAAUCUAACAUUAACACAAUUAACAUUAGCUUGGUAUAAAUUAUUUCGCGAAAAACUGGUCGAAAGUGAAUUUUACGAUUCAAGUUAA